GGGGGGGAAGAGUCCUUCAGAAACACGAGAAGAGUCGCUUUCAGAGGAGCAAGUACCAACAUGCCCAGAUUACGGGACUUCCGAGUAGAUUGUAACAAUAGCUAUAUAAAAGUCGGAAAUUGAUCUUUAGCCACAGAGCUGUCUGGCGGCAAUGCAGCGACGACGCGUUAUCAUCAAGAACGGGCUCUUUAGUGGAAUUUCAGCAGAAACGUUUAAAGUUGAUAGAAACGAAUAAAUGAAGGCGUUUUAUACUAUAUGGGCGCACAGCGGUUACGCGCGUUUGCGUGCAAUGUUCGGUCGAAAACAUCAGUGAACGCUUCGUCGAUUCCGAUUAACGUAUGUUUUUGUUUCACACCAACCUUCAUUCAGAAUGAACCAGUGUAAAGUCAUGAAGGACGGUUAUCUGGAGAAGAGGAGUAAUGGACUUCUGCAGCUGUGGAAGAAGAAGCGUUGCGUUCUGUCAGAGGACGGACUCCGGCUGUACGACUGUAAAGGCGAGAGCAGCAAAGAGAUGCGCUUCGAGCAGAUGACCACGCUGGACUGUGUGGAGUAUAAACGGGGUCUGGUGUACUUCACCAUUGUGAUGAACGGCGGGAAAGAGAUUGACUUCAGGUGCCAGCAGGAGGGAACGGCGUGGAACGCGGAGAUCGCGCUCGCGCUGGUGCGCUUCAAAAACCGCGUCGCCGUUCAGACCGGCAGGAACAGACAUUUGUCACAUCUGGGCAGCUGCGGGGAGGGAGACGUCGAGCUUUGAGGUUCACUGCUCACUAAUGCAGUGUGAAUAUUGUAUCACCCAGAUUUCUCAGCCCAAACACAGCACUGGAUCCAAAAGAGAGAGAGAAAAGAAAAUGAAGGCCCAGUGUUAAGGAAACACCGGAUGAAAGGCUUACUCUCCUAACUUGGAGAACUUGAAAACUCAUAUAUCUUUUCUUUUGUACUUCUACCAUUUUUCAUAGUGACACCGUUUGGCGUACACACCGACACCGUGGAUGGAUUUGUACAUGUCGGUGUUACGCCAUAGAUGUUUUGUACAGUUUUAAUGCACUUUUAUUGCAUAAGUCAACCCAAUGAACUGCUCUUCACCACAAUUCAAGGCUAAUUUCACUCCUCACAACGCCAGAGUGGAUUUUGGUAUCGAUUUUACACUUUUAAGAGACAUUUUUACCUCACUUGAAAUGGAGGACUCACGCUCAGUAUUAUAACUGAAAGCUGCUUUAAGAGACAUUAACCAUAGAUGAAGUAUGACUCACAGCUGCACUCUUUAACAUUUCAUAAGUAUUUGAACAAACAAUCUGGAUUCGUUCCCUUGUAAAGGUUCUUCAAUCGCACGGAAAGCACAGCAGAUUGCUGUUCCUUGGAAUGUAUCCUGACUGCAUGGAAAAUUUGAUGGAUGUGUUUUUAUUUUGGUAUCCGUUGGGCAAUGCUGUUAUUACUGCAAUUUUCUCUGCAUUCUGCCUGAGCGGUUGCCAAAGCUAAAAACUAGUCAUCUCUGUGAUGGUUAAAAAAGAUUAAACAGGAAAUGUGUUUGGUUUUUUCUCUCACAAAUCUCAUUAUGUCAUUAGGUACACAUUGUCCAAAUAAAUAAAUGAUGAUUUUGUGGCA